AAAAGAUUGCCAUGUUGGCCGGCGUCUGAACCCACUCCUUGCUGUGCUCGUAGGGCUUGUCAACUCUUCGACCCCAGCGAUCAUCACUGUUGUUACUCUUCUCUGCUCGCCUUUAAUCGCCCUCCGCAGUACUUCCUCCGAUCUCAGAUACCAUCUGGUCCUCGAUAUUAGAUUUCCUCUACGACUACCUCGGUUGAUUGGUGGUCUCUUCGAUUUCACUCCUACUUCAGAUACAACUCGCUCAUGCGCAAGUCGGCAUAAGAGCCUCGACUUCGAAAAGAACUCGGCUAUUGCUCCUCCCAAUCCUUCAUCAAAUCCUCCUUCACGACACCGAGACCGACCACCUGUCCUCGAACGUGUCGAACUACCAGGCUCUGUCGCUCUGUCGCAGCGAGUUUCCGACGCCCAUCAGUAUGCACAGGUGACAAAGCCGACGGCGAAAGAGAAUGGACGCGGUUGGAUAUUGAUUUUGAGAUGCAAAGGGCUUCCUGGUCCAGCCAGCCGCCGUUAUGCGGAUAUCCAUACGCGAGCAACUUGCGUUGCUUGUUCUCCUCUGCUCUCUAACCUCUCUUAUGGUCCUUGCACUUGCAGUCUGGUUCCAGAACUACAACUUCAUCAAGGGCAUCCGACUAUCUGGCUUAUCGUUAACUGCUUCCCUCAAAGCAGCUCAAAUUUCGAGCUCCCUCCUUCUUUACGAGUCGCAGGUGAAUUCGGUCUCAACGAGGAUUUUGAUCCAGAGCGCUUUCGGGAGAUACUACGCAGGCAACACCAGCGAUGAGAACUGGGUCCGCUCUCAAAGCGACUUGCAAGGUGCCCUGGCGGACGGUUCACUCAUGGUACAGGCAGCAUUGUUUCCUAACGUCGGUGAAGGUGAUUCCAAUACCGCCAGCGGGCUUACAAAUGUUACAGCUGCUGGGCUUCCGCCUGUCCAGCUACCAUACAAAUACCCCAAUGGCUCCGACGUCUAUUUGGGCGAUCCAGAUCAAGGAUAUCCGCCUACUUUAUAUCCUAAUCUGACCUACGGCGCUAAAGUAUCAGGGGAAAAUUACUCGACCGUGUCGUAUGAUGGUCGAACUAUCACUCCAGGCUCACCUUUGUUCAUUGGUCCGAUGGCUGUCAACGAGUCCUAUUCGCUCUUGUCUGUGACGGUCGCCAUUAUCAAUAACACGUCUCGGUCUGACGUGUUGGGAUGGUUGACUGUGCUGGUCAAUUGCGAAAUGCUCUAUAAUGUCCAAAAUUCGCCCGAGGGGCUGGGUUCCACGGGCGAGAUGCUUCUUGUAGGUCCAGAUACCACAUAUAACCACUUCGACAUCAAGAUUCGUGGUUCUUCGGCGGAACAAGCAAGUAAAGAGUCGGUACGGUUUGUGCUCCCUCCUCACAGCAAUUCUACACUCCAGCAUCGACAUCAAGCUAGAGCAAGUGUAGCAAACGCUACCAUACCGUUCAAGAUGUCAUCAUACCCAGCAGUUGUAGCAGCAUGGGCGAAGAAAAACAAUGCGAUCAAUAAUGCCGGAGCAUAUAUCUCCACACACAACGAGGACAAUGCCAAAGUCUCUGUCGGAUAUGCCACCAUCUCGAACAUAUUGGUAGACUGGGUUCUCCUAGUGGAAGAGUCACAUGGAGAAGUCGUUGCACCGAUCAAUCACUUACGCGAUGUUGUCAUUGCCUGUGUGUUCAGUGUUACUGGAUUCUUGAUCUUCGUCAUGUUUCCGGUUGCACACUACUCCAUCACCCCAAUUCGGCAGCUCUACGCUGCGACGGCAAAAACUGUGGAACCUUACCAGCCAGACGAUGCGAGCGCCUAUUCUAGUUCCACAGGUGCUCCGAAUGCCGAGACUGAAGACGCUCAGGAGUCUCCAGACGAAAAUCUGGCGAGGAAAGAAGGCUUUUUUGGUGCCUUUUUGAAGAGCUCAAAAUCUCGGCAGGCUUCACGAUCUUCCACUCCUCGAACGCGUCGUAGGACUUUCAGAAUACCGCGGAAGGUGCCCGAACGCCGGCAUUGUGUGACAGAUGAGCUGACUGACCUGACGCGGACUUUCAAUGAAAUGUCGGACGAGCUGGUUAUGCAUUAUGAGCGCCUGGAGGAAAGGGUAAAACAGCGUACUGCAGAGCUCGAGAAGAGCAAGAAGGCCGCGGAGGCAGCAAAUCAGAGCAAAACUUUGUUCAUCGCGAACAUUUCGCAUGAAUUGAAGACUCCAUUGAAUGGCAUCCUCGGACUGACCACCGUCUGUAUGAAUGAAGACGACCUAGGAAGAAUACGGUCGACCCUUAACACAAUCUACAAGUCUGGUGACCUGCUCCUUCACCUCCUUACCGACCUGUUAACAUUCAGCAAGAAUGAAGUCGGACAACAACUGUCUAUUGAUGAAGCCGAAUUCAGAAUUAGCGACUUGAGUGCUCAACUACUUCCAACCUUCGAAAAGCAGGCUCGUGAAGCUCAGGUUGACCUCAAAGUGCUCUUCCUCGGUACGAGCGAUGCAUUCGGCGAUGCAUCUGACUUUUCUGGCGACAAAUUGUAUGGGCCUGGUGGCACAGGCCGGGUUCGAGACAUGUGUCUCUGGGGCGACAAAAACCGAAUCUUGCAAGUUCUGAUGAACUUCGUCAGUAACAGUCUCAAAUUUACACCCCCACAUGGUUCGGUGACCGUUCGGGUACGCUGCACCGGCUUGGUUGAGCACGAGCUCAGCAGGGCAGGCAGUGCUAGAAAAUCAUCUCUCAAUUCGCGAAAGUCGAAGACUUCCAGUACUAAGAGGGUCCGAAUGUCAGACAGCUCACUUGCUCCUCAAGACAGCGUGGACCAAGAGAAAGGCUACACCAACACUCACAACAGCUCAAAUGAAGACUCGAAACUCAGCAUCAACGUAGCAGGCGGUACGACACACAUUCACAAAGUCGCUGAACGGCAAAGGUCUAUGUCGCCGCCCCCUAUCAAUACCAAAGAUCUCAGUUUCGAAUUUGAGGUCGAAGACACUGGCCCAGGAAUUCCGCCUGAGCAACAGAAGAAGAUCUUCGAACCCUUCGUUCAGGGUGAUUUAGGGUUGAGCAAGAAAUACGGAGGUACUGGGCUCGGGUUGAGUAUCUGCGCUCAGUUAGCGGCACUUAUGGGCGGUGAUAUUUCUCUAGACAGCACCGUCGGCGUCGGAAGCAAGUUUACUAUGCGUAUCCCCCUAAGGUACGUGUCGGAGCGGUCCCCUUCAAUGGCCUCCUCCACACACCGAUCCCACUCAAAAGCAAGCAGUCUUGUUGGCCAGCCAUUACACGACACUGGCGACACUACUCACAAUCAUAAUGGCUCUACAACGUCUCUCGGGUCGACACGAAAUGAUUCACUCGCCGAUGUGCCUAGGAUCGUCGGCUUCACGCAGCCAUACGUGGCGAAGGAGAGCAAGAAGAGCGAAUCUCAAGAGGCCAAGAUCAACGAGAUGAAAAAGGUCGAGAAUGAAGCAGUUGAAAAGGGCCGGAAAGUUCGAGUGCUUGUCGCCGAAGACAACAAAGUCAAUCAAGAAGUGGUCCUCCGCAUGCUCCGCCUGGAGGACGUUUACGAUGUAACCAUUGCAAAGGAUGGGCAAGAAGCUUUCGACAAGGUCCGAGAAUCGAUGCACAGUGGAGCACGAUUUGAUCUGGUCUUUAUGGAUGUCCAGAUGCCGAACCUCGACGGCAUACAAUCGACGAAACUGAUUCGAGAAAUGGGAUUCUCAGCCCCAAUUGUGGCAUUGACGGCAUUUGCCGAAAAGUCCAAUGAAGAUGAGUGCAUGGCGUCUGGGAUGGACUAUUUCCUCGCCAAGCCCAUACGACGACCGGCGUUGAAACAGGUGUUGAAGAAGUACUGCGCGACCAUACCGGAGGAGGAGAAUGAAGGAAGCACACCGCUGGUGCCUCGAUUAAACACGUCGACGGCAGUGAACGGUCAUCCGGUGGCACCAUCCAAGGUCAACGAUCCAGACGUGCCGGCGAUUGAUUCUGACAAUGUGUCUCCUUUGUCAUGAUUUUCUUUGUGGUCGAGUCAAACUGACUUGCUCGUUUCUACAUGCAUGAGGACGACCGAUGGACAUUACGAAAAGAAGGGCAUAUAUUAUCAGGGGGUUUGAUUGAUUAGGGUGAUUAGGCGCAUCAAUUGGGCGGAAAACUUUUGGAUUUACUGAAAAAAUGGCUACGCAUACGAAAAGGGAGCAGCGACGGCGCACGAAGUGUGACUUGUGUGGAAAAAUGGCCUGGAAUGGCUGGCUGGCUGGCUGGUUUGACGCAUCAUGCUAUGUUUUUUUGAAUAACUGGGUACCAAACAGGAGGGCCCUGGCGAGAGAUGUAUUGUGUGAAAUAAAAAUCAUAAGAUCUGGAUUGGAACGAAUUGGAUCUUAGGGGAACUGUCGCAUCCAUUUUACAGCUAUUACGGAUACUACGAGUAUAAUGAGAGAGACUCAGAACUCUAAAAAAA